AUGAGUGAAGCCAUUGAAGAACCGAAGCAGAAGCAGAAGCAGAAGCGUGAGAGUGAAUCUGGGGAUUCGAGCUCUGUUGCGAAGAAGGUGAAAUUGGAACAUGGGCAAGACCCAGAAGUGGAAUCGAGUGAAAGGGAAGUGGGUUUUGAAAUUGAAGCUGAGGCGGCAGAGGAUAAGGGGUUGAGGCAGAGCAUGGAGGACGCGUGGGUUGUGCUUUUGGAUGCCAGCUUGGGAUUUAAGGGGAAAUUGAGGUGUGCACAUUUUGCGGUUUAUGAUGGGCAUGGAGGUCGGUUAGCUGCAGAGUAUGCUCAGAAGCAUUUGCAUGCCAAUGUGCUUUCGGCUGGAUUACCACGUGAGUUGUUGAAUGUGAAAGCUGCCAAGAAAGCCAUUCUUGAUGGUUUUCGGAAAACUGAUGAGGCUAUUCUUCAAGAAAGUGCUGCAGUGGGAUGGCAAGAUGGUGCUACAGCUGUAUGUGUUUGGAUAUUAGGAAAAACAGUAUUUGUUGCUAAUAUUGGGGAUGCAAAAGCUGUGGUAGCAAGAUCAUCUCCUGUUGAUGGAUUGCAAAAUGGUUCUGAUGAAGCGCGUCUUUUGAAGGCCAUUGUUUUAACAAGAGAACACAAAGCCAUCUACGCACAGGAGCGUGCUCGUAUUCAGAAGGCUGGUGGUAGUGUGGGUUCAAAUGGACGACUACAGGGUCGCCUUGAAGUUUCUAGGGCCUUUGGAGACCGCCAGUUCAAAAAGUUUGGUGUUGUUGCUACCCCAGAUAUCCAUUCAUUUGACCUUACAGAAAGAGAGCACUUCAUAAUUCUUGGUUGCGACGGCCUCUGGGGAGUAAUUGGACCAAGUGAUGCUGUUGAUUUUGUUCAGAAACAGCUGAAGGAGGGAUUACCUGUUAUGGCUAUUAGCCGCUCUCUAGUAAGAGAAGCUGUGCGUGAGCGGCGCUGUAAAGAUAACUGUACGGCAAUCAUAAUCCUAUUAAGGCACAAGUAAUUGUUGGUGCCAACUCGAUAUUGAAAGGAAUUCUGUACCUGUUAUGAAACAGAAUGCGGGUCUGUGUCUUUGGUUGUAUAAGCUGUUGAAUUGUUGUCCAUUGGUUAGCUGCUCAGUGAUGAAGAGACCUGAAUUUUUGGAAAAUGUAGCCGUGUAUUAUUGUUGAGAACUAAAGCUAAAUAUUUAUUGAAAUCUGCUGGUUCUGCUCUCAACUUUAGCGUUUCUGCUGAAUGUUUUGGACUUCAGCUACAUUCCCUUGUAUGAAAUCUUCCACUUUUUAUCGUAAAUUUU